UGCUGCCAUCUUUUGGCCAAGGAGUAACAGGCCAUGCAAUGUUUGAUUUUGGACCCCUCAGAGAGCAAGUCGUCCUCGUGUUUUUGGACUUCUUGACAGUGCACGGACUUUACUGAACUCAAGAUGUCAAUUUUGCCUUUCACUCCCCCCAUUGUCAAAAGACUUUUGGGCUGGAAGAAGGGAGAGCAGAACGGCCAGGAGGAGAAAUGGUCUGAGAAGGCGGUGAAAAGCCUGGUGAAGAAGCUGAAGAAGACGGGACAGCUGGACGAGCUGGAGAAAGCCAUCACCACGCAGAAUAUCAACACGAAAUGCAUCACUAUACCGAGGUCUCUUGAUGGCCGUCUGCAGGUUUCCCACAGAAAAGGUCUCCCUCAUGUCAUCUACUGCCGUCUGUGGCGCUGGCCCGACCUACAGUCCCACCAUGAGCUGCGGGCGGUGGAGCUGUGCGAGUACGCCUUCCACACGAAGAAGGAUGAAGUGUGUGUCAACCCGUACCACUACCAGAGAGUAGAGACACCAGUUCUUCCACCAGUGCUGGUGCCCAGACACACAGAAAUCCCCGCUGAGUUUCCACCUCUAGAUGACUACAGCCAUUCAAUCCCUGAAAACACCAACUUCCCCGCUGGCAUUGAGCCCCAGAGCAACUACAUACCAGAAACACCUCCUCCAGGCUACCUCAGUGAGGAUGGGGAGACCAGCGAUCACCAGAUGACCCACAGCAUGGACACAAGCUCCCCAAACCUGUCACCCAACCCUGUUUCACCCACACACAGCAACUUAGACCUUCAACCAGUGACAUACUGUGAGCCGGCCUUCUGGUGCUCUAUUUCUUACUACGAGUUAAACCAGCGAGUAGGAGAGACCUUCCACGCCUCGCAACCCUCGCUGACAGUGGACGGCUUCACAGACCCCUCCAACUCUGAGCGAUUCUGUCUGGGUCUGCUGUCCAAUGUCAACCGCAACGCAGCUGUGGAGUUAACACGUAGACACAUCGGCCGUGGUGUUCGGCUGUAUUACAUCGGAGGAGAGGUGUUUGCUGAGUGUCUCAGUGACAGCGCCAUCUUUGUCCAGAGCCCCAACUGUAACCAGCGCUACGGUUGGCACCCUGCAACAGUCUGCAAGAUUCCUCCAGGAUGUAACCUGAAGAUCUUCAACAACCAGGAGUUUGCUGCCCUGCUGGCCCAGUCGGUCAACCAGGGUUUUGAGGCUGUGUACCAGCUGACCAGGAUGUGCACCAUCAGAAUGAGCUUCGUCAAAGGCUGGGGAGCUGAGUACAGGCGACAGACGGUGACCAGCACCCCCUGCUGGAUCGAGCUGCACCUGAACGGCCCCCUGCAGUGGCUCGACAAGGUGCUCACACAGAUGGGCUCCCCCAGCAUCCGCUGCUCCAGCGUCUCCUAGGGAAACUCUGCAUCCUCCCACUUCCUGUCAGUGACUUAAAAAAAAAAAACACAUGCAGACAAGAACAUCUUCACGAGUCCAGAAAAACAAUACACCCCCCCCCCCCCACACACACACACACACACACACACACACUCACUCUCUCACUCACUCAGCCAAUCAUCAACCUGCAACUUGGUCUCUCCUCCCCACCAGCUGUCAGUAGCACUUUUUAUAUACAUUUUGUUUGUGGCAAAGGGGACAAGUGCAGUAAAGCAGUAUCGUGUUUAAAUGAUUUCCAGACGUAUUUGAUGGAAACAUUUUAUUCAUUGGCGUCAAAGUGCCAGAAAGGCUGUUUGUAAGGGAGGAGAUUUUUUCAUUUAAGAGAUUUUUUUAAUUAUUAUUUUUCUUUCUUUUUUUUACAACUUUUGUACAGAUGUUAAGGUAAACAAUGGAUAAAAAAUUGCAAUUUUUAAGCAUUUAAAGCAUAACUAAGAUAAUGUUACGUGCAUUUCAUUUUGACUUGUAUCUCCUGUAUCUGGGCAUUUGAUAGCUUAUGAAGACGGUUUGAAAAUGAGUAACAUAAGAAAAAUGUUCAACCACCAUUCGCAAAAAAAUGUUUGAAGGAAAAUACUGUAAGCCUAGCAUGAAUACUUGUUAAUGCUUUCAUACUGUCAUUUUAUGCAGCCUGUGUUCCUCUGACAAUGCAAAUGAGAUGAUGUUUAACUGCACAUUUUAGGUUCAGACAAAAUAUGGGUAAACAAGGAAUUAGUCAAACUUUUGAUCAAACUGCUCCACCUCUUCUAGUUGAAAAAGAUACACUUUGGAAAAUCAUGUGCCAGAUUAAUAAGCAGUGUGAUGCUUCAGGAUCCAGUGGAGUUAAAUCUCUACAUCCACAAUUGAGUACUUAAAGAUAGCAGCAUUCAUCAGAUGUAAUGACGAUGAUGAUACACUUGUGUAAAAUCUUAAUGUUCAUGUAAGGUUAUUUUGGCAAAGCUCACACAAAGACAGCUGUUAGUGGUUCUUGUCAGAGUGUAAUGUGAAAUAUGUCCUGCAUUGAUUUCAGGAAGCUUUGCCAAUAUGCAAAAUAAUUUUGCAGCAUCGUAUAGUGACGUAGACAUUGUAUUUAACAGGCCUUCAAAGAGAACUGGAAAACAUCUCACAGACUGAAUUAUUCUGCAAACUACACGUUAGAAUACUGGACAUACAAUGUAGUUUGAAGAUUUCAUACCAUGCAGAAAGCUGCUCAGAGAGAGCAGGAAGAUGCCUUUGCUUUUUUAAUUUUCUCUCUCAGCAGUCCAUAACAUUGCUCUUAUUUUAAGCCGUCAGUGAUAUUGACUUUGUGCACACUCAGGACCGUCAGCAAGCAAAAGAAUUAUGUACAGAAACCAGUGAAAAGAGAAGAUGCAUGACUUAAGUCUAUUUUGAUACCAAUUGUUUUUUUUGCAGACAAUAGGGUGAUGAUGUGUUAUGUGAAGACAUUGUCUGCACCCAGUGCUUUUGCAUGACACAGAAGAUACUGCAGCAGGUGGAGGAUAUGAAUCUCAUGUUUCUCUACCUGUGGAGACGAGGCAGUGUCAGAACAAAGCACAGCUUUUUACAAAGGGAAACGUUUAGAUGAACAGAGGCAUGUAAUUAACAGUUGCUUCAUCUAAUGUCCCUGUUUUUUAGGUCUAUGUACAUGUAGUACAUACAGUACAUGUUAUAAUAUAUCCAUCAACCUUUAUAAUGUUGAUGGUUUUUUAUUACGAGAACAAAAAGAAGCUCAGAAAUGAACAAAAAAGUGGAGUCACUUUUGGGAAAGUUAAGUUGGAAUAGAAAAGCUUAGUCUUAGCUUUUGUCACGUUUUCUUUAACCCACCCGCUGUGCUGGAAGUGGACGGAUUUCCUUUUAUAACACUAAACAAAGACACAGUGGGUGGACAUGGACAACAGUGGGAUUCUUUUUACAGUGCUUACUUACAAUAAACCAGCUUUUGAUGUUAAUGCCAGCCCAGUGGUGCUAAUCUUUAACAUUUUAGGGACUCAAAGAGAACUACAAAGCCAUAAGAUUGUACUCCAAAAGCUGGUCGGUUUUGAUCUCUUUACAAUUUCAACCUUUUAAACCUUCAAACAAUAGUUCAAGAUUGUUUCAGAAACAGUAGCAUCUACUAAUCUGAGACAUGUGAGCCCUUUGAAGAGCUUCUAGUGUUCUUGAAUGCACCAGUCUUGAUCCUAAUGGGCUCUUCAAACCCAUGGUUGAUGUAUUGACCCUUUAGGGAAGAUUUUGGAAGAUUUGUCAUUUUUAUACACUCUUCAAGUUAUUGCGCUUGUGCUUUCCCCACCCUUUGUUAAAAUAUGUUCACUGUAACCGUUUUAUUAGUUGUGAUUUAUGUCUUUGUGCUUUCAAUUGGUCCUAUUAGAUGUCUUGUAUAAAAUUAUACCCUCUAUUUUUCUCUGCCUAUAAAAAGUUGAUGUGA